UUUAAAAUUGUGGCAAUUUGUAAUUGUUCUGUACUUAUUUCUUUAGCCGCCGGGUAUUGUAUUAUUUAAGUCUGCUGGAAGUCGACACCAUAAAGAAGAAUUAAUAAUAAAAUCCUAAAUAAUCGAGGUAAAACAUAAUGUCAAAGGAGCAAAACCUGUGUGCCAAGGAGGCUUACUUUGCCAGCCUCGAUGAGUGGGCCAAACAGGCUCAUCAGGCCCAGGAGGCCAUGUUGGGGUUCCCGGCAUAUCUGCUUGCCAAAUACCCGCAGCUCUUUCGCACACCGAACGGAGGCCAGCCCAGAGAUACUUUUGGACUUUACCAGCCGCGCCCGAUUCAAGCGGCUGCACAAGCCGGAGCUCUUGGAAUACUCCCUGGCCAAAAUAAUCGUCCUGAUCAUCGUCGCCUAAGACACCGGCGGAGCGGCUACUUGGUCACUUUGGCGCCCUUAUGGAAACGAGCUGUAGCGCAGGCCAUCGACAUCUACCUCCUUAUUUUUCUGAAGGUCCUCAUUGCGCGCUUGCUUGUUAGCCAGUUUCCCGGCAUCGGAAAGGAAUUGACGCUUCUCGCCAGGACGCUUCUAAAGCUCGCCGGGCUCUGCUACGAGCCGCUGUGGACCAGCUGCUGCAAUGGAACCACUCCCGGCAAGUGGCUGAUGGGGAUACGCAUUGUGACCGCAGGCGCAGUGGUGCAGUUUCGCCGGAACGGUGGGCUGAACUACCGGCAGGCACAGAACGUCUUGGCCUAUCCGGCAGGGAGGCUCAAUAUCAGACGGGCCAUUUUCCGGUCGCUGGUUAAGCUUUUUGUGGUCACUAUCAUUCUACCCAUUACCAAUGCGUUAAUUUUCAAUCGUUAUGGGGCUACCUAUGACCAGUGGACCAAAACGAUUGUCGUGGAGGCUAAAUCCGAUUUCCGGUUUAUUCAGAUUCGGAAUCGGCGCUGAUACAGCCCAAUAAUUUUGGGCCUGUAUUUUAUACACAGAUUUUCACAUUAACAUGUACAUAUGUAUUAAAUAUAUUAAGCUAAUCAGAUCG